AUGGUCAAGUCGGACGUGUAUAGCUCGCCAAUCGUCUUCUCGCAGCUCGACCUGCGGGUCGGUAAGAUCGUCGACGUGAAGGCGCACCCGAACUCCGAGCGCCACUAUGUCGAGCAGGUCGACAUUGGCAAAGGCGAGCGGCUCGAGAUGGUCGCGGAGCAUCAGCCGCACUUUGCCGAAGAGGAGCUGCUCGACCGCAAGGUCGUCGUGCUGUGCAAUGUCAAGAUGGUCAAAGUCGUGCGCCUGCGCUCGACGGGCCGGAUCUUGCAAGUGACCGACGACAAGGGGAAGGUGGAGCUGCUGUGUCCGAGUCCCGAGGCGGAAGUGGGCGAGCGCGUGUACGCGAGUGGCGAGGAGCUCCAGGAGCCAGUGACGGCGAUCCAAAUGAAGAAGAACAAAGUGUGGGAGACGCUGUGCAAGGACAUGAAGACGACCAACAAGUGCGAGGUCAUGUACCGAGACCGGUACGUGGUGCGCUCGCGCGCGGGUCCCGUCUACGUCGAGUCGCUCAAGAAGGUGCCUGUGACCAAGUAA